GACUCAUGAGGCCAUCAACUGCUCUCUUAAUUUGGAUUAAAGAAAGAAUGAAAAGAAAGUCGAAAACGUUCUUUUAUGUCUCUCCUCUUUUCUGCUGUCCUCUUCCUAUGCAGAAUGAAAAUCAAAUGCCCAGAAACAUUGCAGAGAAGCAACCAGGAGGCUUCCCAUUUUUUCUCAGUUUUUCAACCUCUUUUGUUUGAACUCUGUUUAAUAAGGUUUAAAUUGAUCAUCGGAUUUGGUUUUGUGAUUGAAGAUUUGAUUUGAUUGGUUUUUGAGAGGAGGGUUUGUCAAUAUUUGUCAGAUUAAUCAAGUUUUGGUUUGAUACUUGGAAUUGGGAUUGAGAGAAGGCAAGACAGGAAGAAUGAUUUUCUGGGUUAGAUCUGAUUGUCCUGGUUCCAUUUUCUGUUUGAAGAUUUGAUUUUGAUAGCCUGUCUGGGUUUUGAUUAUAUUUAUCUAGGAGAGGAAGGAAGAGAUGGGUCUUGAUGUAAUGGAGAUUGGAGUUAGUAUCAGGAGAGGUCUGAUUUUUCCAAUCAGAACUUUUUGUAGAUCAGUUCGGGAUCAUCCCUUUUAUUGGGCAAUGGUGUUUUUCUUCAUUUUCCUGUACAGAUAUUUUCCUUCUCUGUUUGGACUGUUGAUCUCUUCUUCCCCUGUUCUUGUCUGCACUGCUGCUCUCCUAGGAAUUCUUUUGAACUUUGGGAAUCCAAAUAUUCCAGAAAUUGAGAAGGAUGACAAGAGGACCCAUGACGUUACUUCUCUGAAAGCAGCAGUUGUUGAAAAUGAUCUUAUUGUCCAGAAAGAUGAGAGCUUUUCUUCAGAGACCCAUUUGGAGAAGGGAAGGGAAGUUGAAGAGAGUGUGGUAAAGGAGCCAAUGGGUCUGGAGGAGGGAAGGGAAGUUGGAGAGAAGGUUGUAAAGGAGCCAAUGAGUUUGGGGGAGGUAAGGGAGGCCAAAGCAAGUAAAGUUGAUGAAGACAUGGUUUUCUCGACAAUUAAUGACAGUUGUUUGAUGCAUAGGACCAUUGCAAAUGAAGAAGAACCAAAGGAAAUUCUUAGGGAGAAGCAAAUGAUCAAGGAGGGAGAGUUUGGUAAUGUGGAAUUGGUUGAGAAGCGAGAAUUUCAUGAGGAAUCACUUCUUGGAGUUGGACCUAGUGCUAGCAAAGACAUUGAUGGUACAACUUCCAUUGGUUGGGAAGUGAUUGAGACUCCCAGAAGGAAGAUUGAUUUGCCCAGUGGUGCAUUUUCCAUUUCCCAAAAUUUGUCUUGGAAACAUGCCGAAGGCCAUUCUGAGUCUUACGAUUCAGAUUCUGAUCGCACGGAGAGUUCCUCUCCAGAUGCUUCUAUGGCUGACAUCAUGCCAAUACUUGAUGAGCUCCAUCCACUCUUAGAGUCUGAAGCUUCUCAGCCACCUCUCAUAUCCCUUGGGAACUCUAAUGCUGCUUCAGAAAGUUCCAACAGAUCCCAUGAUGGCAGUGCUGAAUCAGAAGAGGAGGCUGAGAACCAUGAAGAAGAAGACGAAGAAGAAGAAGCACAUGGCACCCAAGGGGAUGGAACUAAAGAUGUUGUCACAUGGACAGAAGAUGAUCAGAAGAAUCUCAUGGAUCUUGGGACUUUGGAGCUGGAAAGGAACCGGCGGUUGGAGAGUUUAAUAGCCAAGCGGAGGUUAAGGAAACUCUUGACAAUGGAGGCUGAGAAGAACCUGAUAGACUUGGAGAGUAAUGAUCCUCCAUUUUCAAUUGCUCCUAUUUUGAUAACAAAGCGAAACCCUUUUGACCUUCCUUUUGAUUCCUAUGAGGCCAUGGGUUUACCACCCAUUCCUGGCUCUGCUCCCUCAGUAUUGUUGCCUAGACGAAACCCUUUUGAUCUUCCUUAUGAACCAUAUGAAGAAAAACCCAAUCUCAUGGAUGACAGUUUCCAACAAGAGUUCACUCCAUUUCAACCUAAGGACUUGCAUUUCAGAAGGCAUGAGAGCUUCAGUUUGGGAGUUACUGCAGAACCUAAGCAGAGGAGGCACUUCGGGCCCUAUUUUGUAAAUGAACGGAUGGCUUCAGAGGGGGAAGAAUACCCCAUGUUUCAAAGACAACUGAGUGAGAAGAGUGAUUCUAAGGUAAGUUCUGUUCCCGAAACAGAGUCAGCUUCUUCGGUUGCAGAUCAAGAAGAUCACAAGACACGCUCUGAACAAGAAUUCACUCAAGAAGUUGACCUGAUUUCUCAGGUUGACCAUGCUUCUGAUAAUGUUGAUCAUGAAAGCCAAUCCUCCAAAGAAGUAGACCCAGUGGAAAUUGAUCCUGAAGAGAAGAGAGCUGUCAAAGUUGAUGUGGUUGAUGUCAAAGGGAUCCAUGUGGAAGGAAGACCGAUGCAUGUUUCUGAUCAUGUUGAACAUGAAAGCCAGUCCUCUGAAGAAUUAGAGCCAGCAGAGGUUUAUCCUGAAGAGAGGAGAGACUUUGGUGUUGACGGGCUUAAUAUGAAUGGGGUUGAUGAGGGGACUUCCCAUGAAGUGGAACUCCACCGGCACCAGUCAGGAUCUGUUGCUUCGUUUGUGGAACCUGACAACAGUGAUGUUCCUGCAGUAGAAGAGAGAUACAGUGAUUCAAGCUCGUCAUCGUCAGAAGUGCAUGAAAAAUUAUUCCAUAUGGACACAGAUGAAGGAUCGAGGGAUCUAGAGCUGAAAAGGGACGAUAGUACUGAAGGGUCCAGUGUCUCAAAUCGAUCAUCUCUCGCUGAAUCAGAAUUUAAUCAUAGGAACAGGAUCAUGGAAGGUGGGGAUGAGAGUCAAACCAAGGAGCCUGUUUAUGAUUCUAGCCCAUCAGAGAAGAAGACACUCUCUAACAUGACAUCCAUCCAGGAAGCUCUCUUUUAUGUGGAUAAAGGAGUUGUCACCUCCACUCCCUCCGUAGCUUCUGACUUACAGGUAGAGGUCUCUGAAAUCAGUUCAUCUCCAGUGCUGGUUGAUAGAGAAGAUGCAAAAUCUGUGUAUUAUGAAGAGAGUACAAUGGAAAUCUCUCAUGUCAAGGAAAGUUCAUGGGUGGCCUCACCUAACCUGUGUGCGAUAGAGGAAAAUGAAUUGAGGUCAAUGGAAGUUACAGAGAUUAGUGAAUGUGAUGUUAUAGAGGUUGGAUUUUCAGCAGUCAGCCAGAAUGCUGAUGAUCCUCAUGUUCCAAAAAUGGUAGUUGGGGAAGCUGCAAGUGGCUUAAGUCCAUCUUCAUUGGAAACUCAAUUGGGAGAGGUGGGUGUGAUAAGUAAGGAAGAGCAUUUUCAGUCGGAGCAGGAUCAAGUCUCUUUGUCAAGCUCCAAUGCAGAGGUCUGUGGGGAGGUCCACCAACAUGAUGCCAACAUGAAUGUGGACACCAUGGCAUCAAGUUAUUUAAAUGGGUUAUCAUCUUCUGAAGGUUCGGGAUCUUCUAAAAUGGAGAAGUCCACACCUUUGAUGGAGGAAUUUACUGUUCAUCUAUCUACUGAUUGUGAUCAUGAAGAAACCCAGGAAUCAUCUGUUCUUCUAGUAAAGUCUGAUGUCCAAGCAACUGAGAAUGAGGAUUCAUCAAUUCUCUCUAUGUUAACUGGUCCUUUCUCUAUCCCACCUGAGGUCUCUGAGAUCAAGUUUACUACAGUUCCAACUAAUACAAAAGACAACAUCCAUGUAAGAGUCCAAAGUGGGGAUGAAAGCCGAGUCUUGGAGAACCAAGGUGAUUCAAUAGAAACAAUUGGGAUGCAGGUCAGUACGGAACAAAUUAGUGAAGAGGCAGAGGGAAUCAAAGAGAUUGAUGAGGGACUUCUGUCAGAAUUGGACACAGUAGGUGAUUUCAGUGUCAAAGAGUUGGGAGUUAACAUGGACCAGAAAGAAAACAAGUUGAGUUUGGAGGAGCCAGAGAGCCUUCUUGGGUUGCAAGUUCUUGGAGACAGGCCUGUAGAAGAUUUUGAAGUGGAUUCUGUCAGAUUAAGCAAGCUUGAAGCUGUUACAGACUCAGCAGACAAGUAUUGGAUUAGGUCUGCCAAUUUUGAGGUGAAAGACAGAGUUAUGGAAGGGACCGGAAGUACUUCUGAGUCACAAGUUCUUGAAGCAAGCACUCUUGGCAAUCUUAAUGUGGAUUUUAAGCAUGUUCCUGAAGGAGACUUUGAGAAAUCUGUGGUUGUUGAAUCAAUCCACAGUGAGCCAUUGUCGAAGGAAACUGAAGUUGAAUUCGCUGAGUUUGAGCAAACCAAACAAGAUCCAAAUCCAAUAAAGAUUGGUUCUGAGAUUUCAGAUUUUGAAGCAAGAUCGCUUAAAGAUAUGGAGUUAGCUUCCAAGAAACUCAAUCAAGGAGUUCAGGAAUCUGUUGUUACAGAAUCAGUCCAUGAUAAGUCAAUAACAGGGGAAAGUGAAAUUGGACCUAGUGAAUCUGGGCUAUCAGAAAGAGACUCAAGUCAGACUGCAAACAACUCAGAGCGACCGGUUCUUGAGGCAAGGUCUCUUGAAGAUUUUGAUAUGGCUUUCAAGCAAUUCCAUGGUGGAGAUCAGAAACCAAUGAUAAUUGAUUCAUUCCACAAUAUGCCAACAAGGGAGGAAACUGAAGUUGGGGUAAGUAAAUCUGGGCAAUCUGAUGGAGAAACCAAACCAAAUGAAAUCAGUUCAGAGCUAUCAGUUCUUGAAGAGAAGUCUGUUGAAGGUAUUGAUUUGGCCAUUAUGCAAUUGCAUGGAGGAGAUAUUGAGAAAAACAUCCUUCCUGAAUCAGUUGAUGAUAGGCCACCUGGUAGAAUCCCAAUAUAAGGUAGAUAUUCAUCCAGACCUACCGGUUGUUGAAGUUGGAACUUUGGACGGUCCUGAAGUUGAAGUGAAGAAAAUGGAAACAACUAAGGAGAGUGAAUCAAGUCCUGAAGAAUCUGGGAUCCCAAGAUACUAGCAUAAGUGCUGAAGAAUCAGGCAGGGAGUUAAACGAAUAUCUGAGAGUUCAAGCUUGAGUACAUCAGCUGGAAGACAUAAGAAAGCUGGAUUUCAUAAACCAAGUUCCAGUGCAAGCUCAAGCUCCUGCUCCAGCUGAAAUGAUUCUGAAUGAGAACAAUUUGGGACUUUGUUGCAGAAAUUUUAAAUGACCAAGUAGCUCGGCCAGUUGGUCUUUCCCCCAUAUGGUUGUUUAAACAGAAAAGAAACAUUGAGGUUUUAUGGUUUUUGAGUUUGAGCUUUGGGCUUUGUUUUGGUGAUGAUGAUCUUGUUCUUUUAGAUCUAUUUUUAGCAGCUUAAAUGUCUGCCUUACUGCUUCAAGAAUAUGGUUUCAAUUUCUUGAAGUAUGAUCGUGUGAGAUUUUUAUUUUUGUCCUGCCAUCUUUUGAGAGCCGGUGCUUUAUAGUUUGAAUUUUGUUGCAGAAAGUUUUGUAUUCAUCCAUAUGAUUUGUAAAUUGUAUUCCCAAUGAAGUUUUGAGUAUUUAUGAAUGAUUUUUUGGAUAUUAUUUACUGUA